GGUCGCUUUGAUUACAACGGCGCUGGCAUCCAACACCCACACCACCAAGAAGACCCACAGUGUUUAACUGGCUGAUCGCAAGUCCGUUUCCUCAGCUAGUUUUCUUCGACACGCACAUAAAAAAAUGGCGUUCCCGCGCGGGAUGUUGCUGGCCAUGCUGCUGGCCAUGGGGGCAGUGAUCGGAGCCAAGAGCGAGACGGACCUGGAGAAAAAGGUAGCGGACGUCAUCGGGGGCUUCAAGGAGAUGAUGCCCGCAGGAAGAGCGGACAUCGGCAUCCCUGUGCUGGACCCGGCUGUUAUCAAGACAGUCAACGUCAACAUCAAGGUUUCUCCAUUUAACGCCAAAUGCAUCGCAAGCAACGUCAGCGUGGCCGGCGCCUCGGACUUCACGAUCACAAAGAUCUCGCAGAUUGAGGGCACAAACAAGGUGUCCGUCGGGUUGGAGAUCGCCGAAGUGAAUGCCAAUGGUCAAUAUGAUCUCAAGGGCAAGGUUAAGGUCGGCUUCAUCAACGUGAAACUCAACAGUCAGGGACCCCUAAGGGUCAACCUCAAGGGCCUCAAGGGUGAAGGCACGGCCGACCUGAUCGUAGGGGAUGACGGGUCCCUUAGCCUUAACAGCCUUCAGAUCAACGAAUGGAGCUACAAGAAAGUUGAGAUCACGCUGGGGAAUCUGGCCGGCGGCGGUGUCAUUGGAAAGACAGUCAAUAAGCUCAUCAACACGCUCGUGCCCACUGUCAUUAAGUCAAACCGCAACAAGAUCAACGCCCUCCUGGAGUCGAAGGGCAAGCUGUACAUCAAUAAGUACUUAAACGCCAUCAACGGCAAGCCACAGCUGGUACAUGCCCACCUUCCCGCGGUCCUUGAAGUGAAUGAGAACGACUGGGACGUCUCUGACGAGGCCAGGGAAAUACUGCACAGGCUCGCAUUGACUAUUGCUGGCUCUAACUCGAAAACAAAGUCCUCCUCCUUAGUCGACAGAGUGUUGCAGCUCCUCGAAGAUUUCCGCACUAUGAUGCCCAACGGCCGGUCAGACAUCAAUAUCCCGGUGCUAGAUCCAGCCGUCAUUCACCGGAUGCCCGUGGACGUCAAGCUAUCACCCUUCGACUUUUCUGCCGUGGCUAGCGAGGUGGCCGUGUCUGGAGUUUCUGCAUUCAUUAUUAACAAAAUGGAGCAGAUCGAGGGCACCAACCAACUAUCGGUGUCCAUCGAGGUGCCGGAGGUGGACGUCGACGGCCAGUACGAGAUCAAUGGCAAGGUUACCAUCGGGUUCUUCGACGUAAACCUCAGCGGAGGCAAGGGGCCCGUUACAUUAAAGAUGAAGGGCUUCAAGGGAACGGCCACAGCCGAUAUGAUCGUCAAUGCCGACGGAACACUGAACCUUAAUUGGAUUCGAUUUGACACCUGGAAAUUCGACGAAAUUAAGGCCGAACUCGGGAACGUAUUUAUGGCUAAAUAUGUCAACCCACUCAUCAACAAGCUCAUCCCUUUGUUCUUGGAGGUGAAUCGCGGCUGGAUCAAUAACUGGGGCACUAACGUCGCCAAGACAGUGGUGAACCGGUACUUGGACGACAUAGCAGGCAAGACCGUCGUGUCGGUGACCAACUUUGCACCCGUCGUUGACCCCAUCGAUGUCAUCGUUCUGUCCCCCGAGGUCCAAGCGAUUCUGGAUCAACUGGCCAUCACCUUGGCCGCUCAGCCCAGGCUAGCCUAGUCCAAUGCAACGAUAGAACGGUCACCAAGUACAAACCACUACGUUCGUAGUUUAGGAGAUUUGAAAGUAAAUACAGCAAAGUGUCACGGAUAAA